UCAACAUAAUGGAGAUAGAGAAAGCAAAAACUAAUAAACGAAGAGAGAGAGAAUUAAAGAGUCAUGGGGAACAAAACUUCUACAAAAUUGUGUCAAGUACUGUUCAUUGUGGUUCUUCUUUGCAGCUCCAUUUAUCGUACCGAAUCAGCUGUUCCUUCUCAUCAUGAGAAAAUCUCAAGAACCGGGAGGAGAAUGAUGGCGUAUAACCCGGAUGGUAGCAUACACGUAGAAGGGAAGAAGUUGGAGACGUAUUAUAUGCCAAACAGUGACAUAUUUACAGGAUCAUCACAUAGUGGACAUGGUGGUGGCAGCAUUGAUCAAGUUUCUCCUCCAUAGUUUUCGGACAAUUAUUAUCAUUCCAAUAACUUGAGGCCUUCAUAUAGGGCUUUGAAAAAUAAAAACUAUAUAGCUACAAAUGUAACUCUUUCAGUUGUGUGUUUUUCAAGUAAGGUUUUUUAAUCUCAUCAUCAAUGUAUAAUGAAGUGUUAACAAAAUGUAUAGAACAAAAAUAGAUUUUUCUUCCGUA